CCUCCUCUGCCUGCUGCUGCCUUCCCUUCACCUCCUCUCCUUCACUGCUUCUGAACACUGAGGAUGGAGAAAGCGGCAAAGGUGUUGGCGCCUCCGCAGAUGGACAAAGUGUCGCCUUCCCUGAGCUCGGAGGCUAACGAGGGUGAGGCGGCAACCGGCGCCGGCUCCACCUCCCCUUCUAACGCCUUCGACACCCUGGAGGCGUUCGGCCGACGGCUGGACGAAAUAAUCCGCACCCACGGCUCUGCGGCCGGCCUAAUGGACAAACAAGGCGCCACGGAGGCAGAGAUGGAGAAGAUGAAGGAGGAGCCAAAAGCUGAUGUGAAAGUCUCGGCGGGUAAAGACAUCUCUGUCAUCAUGCAAAGUCUGAACAAACUCUCCUCCCCAGAGGAGAAGCUGGAAGGCCUGGUCAAGAAGUACACGGAACUGGCGUCCUCGCAGCGCUCGGAGGAGCAGAAGAUGAGCGUCCUGCAGCAGAGGAUGGCCGUCCUGCUGGAGGAGCGGCAGCAGCUGCACGCCGAGCGGCGCAGCAGCAUCGCGGCGCGCUGCAAACUGGAGACGCUGUGCAAGGAGCUGCAGUCGCACUACAGCAUGCUGAGGGAGGAAACCCUGCAGCGCUGCAAGGAGGAGGAGGAGAAGAGGUCGGAGAUCACCUCGCACUUUCAGAGCAUGCUGAAGGAGAUCCAGGCUCAAAUCGAGCAGCACAGCGCCCGCAACGACAAGCUGUGCCGCGAAAACGCCAACCUGACCGACAAGCUGGAGAGCCUCAUGUCCCAGUGUGAGAGCAGAGAGGAGAGUUUGGAAAAGAUCAACAAGCACCGCGACCUGCAGCACAAACUGACGGAAGCCAAGCUGCAGCAGGCCAACGCUCUGCUGGCCGAGGCCGAGGAGAAGCACAAGCGAGAGAAGGAAUAUUUACUGGUUCAGGCUGCUGAGUGGAAACUGCAGGCUCAAACACUCAGAGAGCAGGGGACUGUCAUGCAGGCACAGUUGACCCUCUACGCUCAGAAGUUCGACGAGUUCCAGGACACGCUCGCCAAAAGCAACGAAAUCUACAUCCGCUUCAAGAAGGACAUGGACAACAUGUCAGAGAAGAUGAAGAAAGUGGAGAAGGAGUCCAACGUGUGGAAGACGAGAUUUGAGAACUGCAACAAAGCUCUGACUGAUAUGAUUGAAGAGAGAACCGAGAAAGGCAAAGAGUACGAACUGUUUGUGCUGAAGAUUCAGAAGUUGGAGAAGCUGUGUCGGGCCUUACAGGAGGAGAGGAAAGGCCUCUACGGCAAGAUCAAGGAAGUCCGCUUGUCCAACUCCGCCAUACCCUCCAAGAUCCUCUCUGCUUCCAACCUCGAUGAGAACCUCGACUUCAGCUCCAACGACAAAUCUGCCCUCUUGACUCCCAAAGAGAUCCAGGCGAUGCAGGACGAGGACGAAGUGCUGACGGAGGACAUGAGCCGUCUGAGGACGGAGCAGACCAAGCUGCAGGAGUUCGCCGACUCCCUCCUGGCUUCACCUUUCGACAACGAGGACGAAGAGGAAGAGAUUGACCUCGUAGAAGACGUGGUUGCCUCUGCGUUUGUGCAGUUCACGAGCAAGCCUCAAGUCAAGAAGGAUCUGGAUCCAGUCCCUGAGCACCCAGCAGAACCUGACAGCCUGCAGGCAGUCCAGGAGGCUCAGAAGGAAACCGAGUCUUCACCGGAACUUCCAACUGACAUGAGCCACCAAGUCCAAAAACCAGAAGAAAACCAGACAGUCGCCGAAGUCAGAGAGGUGCAGGAAGUCCAGCCUGUCGAGGAGCGCCAGUCGACUGCUUCAGCACCAACACCGGAACCCGAGAGGCGUACCGAGCAGAACCAGUCCACCGAACCGUUACCUCCACCAGCAGCUGAGCAGGUUAACCCACCCACAAACCCCCAGGCAGCCAAGGAGAUCGUGGAGGAGACCGGGGAGGUGAAACCGGUGGAGGACGAGAAACCUCAGCAGCAGCCGGCCAAAGAAACGCCAGAAGCUCCAGUUUUGGCUCCACCCACUCGGCAGCAGCCGGCCAAAGAAACGCCAGAAGCUCCGGUUUCGGUUCCACUCACUCCAAACACACCCAAAGCAGCAGCCGCCUCCUCCUCCAAUCACGACGCCUCUAAGAAACAGGCUCCCAAGAAGAAGAAGAAGAGGGGCGGAAAGAGCGCCAGCUAAACUUCUGGAUGUGGGUGUGUUAUUCUGAGGUGUGUGUGUGUGUGUGUGUAUGAAAUCAUGCCGUUAAGUUCAAGCUCUUUAGUUUUUCCCAGCUGAAGCUUUUCUCAUCGUUUUCACAAAAACUCAGGUGAGGAUGUACAAAAUAAGCCGCCAAUACGCCAUUUCACUGAUGAAUUCUCUGAAUGAAGUUUGAAUUCAGAAUGAAUAAAUCUCACUGAGCAGAAUGAUCACAAGAAUUUUCACAAACCGAAAAAUGUUGAAUUUUGUCACGCAAAAACUCUAAUAAAGUGUUUUUUGACAAAACUUUUUGUGGUCGUAACC